AUGAGCCCUCCCGCAUUACCUCUAUGCUCACUCUCGUCGAACUUCCCAACCUUCCCGGACCACGAGAUAGGGGAUCUUGAUUAUCGAAGCGCUACCGACCAGAAUAUCGUUGACUGGUGCCAACACUGGCGCCAACCCGCCAAGAAUAGAUCAGAUCGGGACCGCCUGCUCGGCGAAUGGACCUCCAACCUGCUGGUCAAGAUCAGCGACGAAGCGGUGGUGAAAUUUGGUGUGCUGGUGACUCCGUCAGAAGCGGCCAACAAAGAGUUUGCCCAAACCAUACGAGCUAUAUUAGGAAUUCAUCGCGACACACCAGGACCAAUUGAUGGCGGAGAGCCCAAAGGCCCUAUAUGGGUCCCUGACUACCGUGCCUACGAAGACUUCAAGUCAAUCCACGACCUUAAUGCAAUCCACGACCUUAAUGCCUGGUUCGAUCGGGCUCUCGUAGCAGAAGGCAAAAAAUUCGAACUGGUUCAAUACCCUCUAUCGUUCUGUCACCUCGAUCUCAAUCGGCGUAGUAUGAUUGUCGCCGAUGACCAGACGUUGUACCUUCUCGAUUGGCAAUGCUCUGGCUUCUUUCCGUGGGUUCUUGAAGUACGGAAUUUCGACAUUACUCUUACCAACGAUGCCGCGGACAAGGACCUUGUGAUGGGGACACUUCCAUCCCUCAAUGAACAAGAAAAGGUCAUCCAUUGGCUGCUAUGGCGUGCCUACUAUAACAACAUCCUUCGCAAUCUACCGGUGGUCAGAAGGCCCGAUGACUCGGUUGGAGACAGCACGAAUGAGUGGUUUCAAAGCCGCAAUGGCACGCAACAGUCCACAAGUCAGGAAACUACCACUCUGCGACGCUACCAAGACACAGUUGGGCCGGCGGGACAGAAGGAUUGUCAGAGAUUGACAUCCCAAGCCUCCGCGAAAUCGUCAGAGAAUAGUAUCGUUACCGAAGGAGACACACACGCGAUAGCAGGGUUCCUGGAGCGGGAGCACUCCUCAAGGCGCUUCCUGGACAUGCACAGGGUUCAGUCUCGAUCUGUUUUUGGCAAGGUCAGGCCUGGAAACCAAGCUGCCAUACGUGACGGCGUUGGGAGCAACUUGUGGGUUGACACAUCGUCUUUACGCGUCACUCAAUCGGUCCUGGAAACAUAUCAAAAAUCUCACCUUCAGGCAUGGAAAACGUACAAUCUUCCAGGCGGACACAGCCGUCCUUUUGGGAACCCGACUGCGUCAGCAUCGCCCAAGUACAUCCUUGGAUCGCCGUCUCAUAACACUCAAGAUCUACUUUCUCGUUUGCCAGACAGGGAAAUGUGCGAUUAUCUGAUUGAGGCAUAUUUUCUUAAUGUUCAAUGGUUUAUGUGGCUUUUCGACCCAGAGCGGUAUCUGGAGGUUUACGAGAAACUCCAUGCCCAGCGUUCAGAUCCCGACUCUGUGGACGACUCACCACACCAUCUUGGAGUUGAUCAUCUUUAUGGCUUUUUGAUGUUGACUCUGACCAUGAUUGCCAUGGGUGCCAAGUAUGCACAGAGAAACGGUGCUUUGUCCCCUCAGAUCGGGAGGAGACCCGACUCUGCCGAGCUGGACGCAAUCACCCGGACCUGUCUCGAGACGGUGAGGAGCAACUACCUAACCAUCAUUUCUCAAGACAGUGUAACCGCCGUGCAGACGUCGCUAUUGAUGGGUAGCCUGUUCAUCUACCACGGAGCACCCAAUCUUUCGUUUUCGGUCCUGGGCGCAGCCACCAAACUGGCUCAGCAACUCAAUCUGCAUCGAGAGGUCCACUUUGACACGACCAAUUCCAACCCGUUUGAUUGGGAUCGAGACGAAAACAUCCGAAAAAUGACGUGGUGGGCGCUGAGUGCUUAUGAUAGCUUUGCUGCAAUGGUUUACGGCCGGCCUUGUGGGAUAGAUGCAACAGACUGCGAUGUCUCGUAUCCGCGUUCCGACACACCCCCUGUUGUGGUCACCGGAGAUCUACGCGAGAUCUAUACCGUUUCUCAGCGUGAUCUCGCUACUUUUGGCCAGGACAAGAUUGAUGCAUUAUGGCGAUCGCAUGGCUUCGAUACCCAAUCGCCUCCAACGUUGUUUGACUACCACUUCAAAAAAUUCUGGCUGUAUAGUCUGAUGCGUUCGACACUGACAUCCGUUUAUCGCAUCAAGAGUCCACCGUCAGCCGGGGACGGCAAUCGCACCAACGAGUAUGUUUCGCAGCUGGUGUCGGCCAUUGGAGAACUUGACAUUGAGCUUCACGAGUGGGCAGCAACCCUUCCGAACACGAUUCGUCUCCAGCAAGGCGACCGGUCAGGCCCAUUUUUUGGUAUUGAGGAAAGGACCUGGGCCAAGCUCCAGAUGCAAGCAAUGGUUCUCCAGAUCACCUAUGACAGUCUCGUCAUGCUCCUAUACCGGCCGCUUCUCCAUUACAAGAUGUCCUCGGUUGAUCGAGAGGCCGAGAAGGCAUUUGACCCCUUUGUGUAUUCAACAGAGCAAUGCUGGCAGGCAGCCUUACGCAUGUCCAGGCUACAUGAUGACCAUCCACGAGUAUUUCAACAGUUCCACCGAACACACGCCUGCUCUUUUUUGGGUAUCACAUUAAUGGCAUCAGGGCUCAUUCUCGCCGUCAUCGCUGCCUCGGAUUUCCAGGACUCUCGGUCAUCCGAAGCGAAGAGAGGGUUGGGCCGUAUCAUCCGAAUCCAGGAAAUGAUUAUGGACCAUAGCGCCACAGCCGAGUCAGGUUCAAUCUUGCUGAGAGAACUUCUGAACGUCGUUCUGAUGGAGGAGGCCGAAUCGCUUUGUGGCCCAAUGCCUGCUCCCUCCUUGAUGGCAACAGACACAGCAGCGCCCCCUGGCCCAGUGACCAGCGACGGACCAACCACCACCACGACCGACAUUGGUACUGUGACAGAGAUCAAUUCUAUCCCAAUCUUCACCGAGUCUGACAGUUUGUACCCCCAAGAGAAUCCCACGAUCCAACACAUGGAGGUUCCCGUCAACUGGGAAAUUUUUGACACCGCGGUUGGUCUGGGACAAGUCGAAUUGUCAGGCAUGAGCCAAACGCUGUGGGAUCUGGCGAAAGACUGGAAUUGGCCAUUUGAAUUCGAGAACGCAUUCUAG